AGAGCGGAAGUGACGUACUCAACCAGGAAAUGUUCAUACUCAUUCGUUGUUUAUUUAUGUUGAGGUGGAUGAAAAUGUAACAGUGUGAAUGGCGAAAUCAUAGAUGUGCAAGGACGAAUUAUGUCUCACCAUGACCUGAAAUGAGUUGACCAGAUGGGAGGCAUAAACCGAUCUUUCCUCUUGAGAGAUUAACAGCACAAUACACAGAGUUCCUCUGGAGUGACUAACCAUGGGCCGGCUAGAUGAAGCUGCCAAACAGAAAGUGGUGGAGCUACGGAAGGCUGGUCUCAGUUUCCGUAAAAUUAAAGCUGUGCUGGAGCUCGAGAACAUCAAGGUGUCUGCCCAGGCCAUCUACCUGUACCUAAGGGAGUUUCAAGGGCGGGCACCUGGAAGGGUCAGACCUUUGGAGGCUGGAAGCAGCACAUCACAGGUACUGGUGAAUCCUCGAGCAGGGCCAAUACAAGAGAGCUGGAAUAACAUUCACCUCCAAAACCUUCUACGGGAGGCAUCUCAGCAUGCUGGCUUUACAGCAGCUGCAAACUUUGCCAAACAGACUCAAACAAAUCAAGACAGUGGUGCAAAGCCAUCUAGGCCUGGGGAGGCCAGUGGAGGAAGCCGACCAGAGCGACAGCGCGAGGGAGAUAAGGAGGAAAAUGACAUCCAGAUUAUUAGCGUCACCUCCCUUGCCCAAAACAGCCAACAAAGGAGUCCACAGUCAACUGCAACAAUGGCGAAUACAUGUACUGUAUCUUCGACACUAACAGCUUCUGGGGCAGCUAUGAGGAGGAGAGUCACACCUUCUCCAGCCUCCAACUCAAUGCUGGCAGCUCGAAAGAGGCUUUUGGAUAAGGCGCUGUCACAAAAGAUGAAGUCAUUCCACCAGGUGGCAUCAUUGUUAAGGAGAGAUCACUUGAGUGUUCAAGGUCCAAGUACUGUGCCACCAUCACCUGAAAUGUACGAUUUAACCAAUGAAAAGACUGUUAUGGAAGGUCAGCCUGGAGGAGGCACUGCCCCCAGGCGCUUUCUCACACAGAGACCAAGUCCCUCUGUUCGUUCCCUCCACCCUCUCCCUCGAGUUGGCAUUCAUCUUCCAAAUGGAUCACCAUCAUCUUUAACAUCUUCUGGGGCUGCCACCAUUCGUCUGCAGACCUCUGGAGGUCAGGGCACCACUCGUAGUGACAGAAACCAAAGCCCCCAACACACAGUCCAAGAUGCAGGAGGUAGAGGAGGUCUGCAGGAUCAGGUCAAGACUCUGAGUACUGAGGUGCAUAGUUUGGGUCUUGCAGUGAAGAUGCUGGUGGAGCAGCAGUGUCGUUUGGAGAGGGAGCAAGCACAACAGACACACAUUCAGAAGCAAAUCCUCAGCACUCUACAGAGCUUCUCCUCCAAACUUGGACAUUGUAGCAGUGCUCAACAGCAGCAAAACCAAGCUCCAUCCCCCUCUGAUUUGUCAGCUUCUGCACCUUCCUCCUUCAACCAAGACGCAUUCAGCUUCAGUCAAGGCCCAUACAGCCAGUGCAGCCAGACCCAGCCAAGCUACAAUUCUUUAGAAAGUCUAGAUAAUACAGAGGCCUUUAAACUGCCUGGUCUGAGCCCUUCAAGUAUGAAUGGGUUUCCACAAUGUAGCAAUGCAGAGAACCGCCCUCUAACGCAUACUCCUCCUCAAACACAAACGUAUGCAGCUGCUUACCCACAACAGUCAAACAGCCAAGCACUCAUGCCAACAUACACAGAGUCAUAUGUCUCUUCGUAUAGCCAGGCACAUUCUCAGACUUUCAGAGGAUCAGAGAGUGAAGCGUCUGAUUUCUCAAGCAGCUGUUCGGCCAGGACUCUCCAGGAUUGCAGUGUGUCCACCAGGCCAUUGAUGAACUCUGACCAGUCUUCAAUGGAUCAAGAGAUAAAUAUAAUUAAAGUGGAAGGACCUUAAACAGCUUCCACUGAAAGUGUUUGGACCAUAAGGGCUUGGAGGUGCUUUUUAGGAGUCACUUUGGAAUACUUAUUUAAUUAUCAUUGUCUUUUUUAUAGUGAUGUAUACCGUAGCAUUUCUUAAAAUAACUUAUUUUAAAUUCUCAAAUACAUUCAAGACAAAACAGGCAGCAAUAAAGUGAAUGGUUUAAUGUGACUGAAAACAAGGCACUGAUUGCUAAAUACAAGUAAGGUUUUGUGAAGGCAGUUUGUCAUUAUUUUGAACAGUUGUAUCUUUUGUACGUGUUAUUUUUGAAACAUUACGACUUGGCUAGAACUGUUUCUUUAAUGGCUCUGUGCUAACACAAUAAAACAUAUUAUCCACUGUGA